CUUCCUUUUGGCUUGAUCUUGAUGACGAGGUGGUAUUGCUCGAAAACAAUGCUCAAAAGAAUCUCAAAAUGUAUGAAAUUCUUUCAUACGUUUUUGGUGACGAGGUGCUGAGUAACAUCUCCGCGUUUCAAUCUAUUUGUUUAUCAUGUGUGACAGUGACUGUAAACAGUUACAAAUUCAUGAAAGAAACAAACAACAAUAUUCAGUACAUUACUAAUGCUAUAGAACACCUCAACACCUUUUUCAACGACAUCCCUGAUGAUCUGGAGUGCUACAGAACAUUAUUCAUGGCUGUAAACCCUGAGUUUAACUUUAGUAAUCAGUUCUACGAUCCCAUAGGUUCAGUUACUGACGUUAAGGAAGCUUUGGACAGAUUUAAUUCUUUAAUCCAUUUGAAAAAGCCUAAAGUAGAACCAAUGCCCCAAGUGAAGAGAGCUAAUUUGAAGCCAAGAAACAAAAUAGAAAUGCUGAGUAAGGCCGCCAGUUUCAAAAUUAAGACUUUGGAUAUGUUGCACAAUAGAGAUAGAUCUGUGAUUAAGUGCAAGGAUUGCUUCAGGGAAUUUCUCUCUUUUCCAAAUCUUAGGAACCAUUUUAUGAGAAUGCAUGCUCCUAAAAAUUUUAAAUGCUCAAAAUGUCCAAAAAGUUAUGGCUCAUUAAGCCUCUUGAAGGGCCAUGAGGCAGACAGCCAUAUAGGCAUGAUGUGCACUGAAUGUGGAAAGACAUUCAAUAACAUGCAUACUUUGAAGAUGCAUGAAAAAAGCCACUAUUUGCGGUUUGUAUGCCAACAAUGUGGUAGAGUUUACAAGAAUCACAAUACAUUCAAGAAACAUCUGGAUAAUAAUGUCUGUGAAACUACUGUGAGACACUCACCAGCAAACGCCAAAUUUGAAUGUGAUUAUUGCCAUAAAAAAUACACUCAGAAGAUUAGCUUACGGGUCCACAUACAAUAUGAACACGGAAACUAUAAAUCUCAUGAUUGCAAGUGGUGUAAAAAGAAAUUUUUUUGUCAAAGUCGCUUGAAAGCUCAUAUAGUGAAACAUACAAAAGAAAAGAAUUUUAUCUGCACCAUUUGCAGUGGGAAGUUUGUUUCAAAAGAGUCUUUAUUGUACCAUACUCGCAUUCACACUGGGGAGAGGCCGUACCCUUGUCCUUUAUGCGAUCAGAGAUUUUUGUCUGCGUCACGUCGAGCACAGCAUGUGAGAAGCCACCAUACAGAAGCUACAGUAGAAUGUGAAGUUUGUCAUAGUAAAUUUAAAUCUAUGCAUUAUUUAAUAAAACACAGGAAGAUACAUGAAAAGUCUAAUUCAGGUGCACAAAAGAAAAGAACUCUUUCUAUGAAACAUAAUACGGAACAAGAUGUAGCAAUAAAUUCUAUUAACAAAACCAUAGAGAACAAAGAUGUAAAGGAGUUUGAGUAUGAUGAAAAUUUAAGUGUUGAUAAUCAGCAAAUGAUUUAUAAUGUAGUUCAAAAUGACGAUGGAAAUGUUCUGCAAUUACAAGUAGAUUCCGAUGGCAGAUCUACAAAAAAAGUUGAAUAUUUCCUGAUAGACAAGACAGAAAACGAGGAACAAGUUUAUUUGGAAGUGACUGAAGAUGUAUAUGCACUUAAAGUGUCCGAAAAUGUAGAGGUUUAGAAUUAUGACAAACACUUACUACCUGUGGGGUAUUAAUAUGUGGGGACAGGGCACAGCCUGUUGCACUCUUUGUUUAUUUAUUUAUCUAUAAAGUAUUGUCACAUGGUUUACAUUACAACAUUUGCUUAACUCUUUUAUGCAAAAGGUUUACUCUUUGUCAUACAUGUAAUAGUAAUACAUAUGUAGAGACACCAUGCUGCGGCUGUUCUACGGGAUCUAUGCUAUUGCCCUAUUGGUUGAAGUCCGUGAUAUAUUAUAUUCCAAGCCGCGCGCGAUAGCAAACCCUGUUCCUACAUUUUAUUUCUCCCAUUAGUGAGUGCCUGACAUCACUAAAUUUAUGUAGUAUAUAGUUAAUUUUAAGUUUUAGUUAUAAUUUAUCAUGUCUUAUUAUUACAAUGAAAUUUAAUACUUUUUCUUUUCAUUCUAUCAUUCCCUGCUGGGUGUUUAAUCUAUGUACUUAUGCACAUUUUAUUGUACCUAAUUCUAAUUUACCAUGUCCAAUUAUUA